AUGAAAGAUUGCGGUGUGGAUGAUUUUAAUAUCGUUGAUAUUGUAAAGCCAGAACCAGGUAGAUUGAGGCGUAAUUUGUCGGCUGUCAUAGCGUUUGCACAGUUUCGGGAAGACAGAAUGCACGACUAUGCCGACCUUGUAAACCAGUGUAAACAGGCUACAAGCCAAUUUCGGCUACUGGAAGAUGAGCAUGAGGAACUGAUUACUCAGAUUGCAGAACUAGAGGAGGCAUUAAAAGACAGCUCGGAACAAGCCAAGCAAACGCAGGAACACAAUGCCGAGGUAGAGUCCGAGCUUCGUAAAUUGAAGAAGGUUCAAGAACAGCUUACUACUGAACAUUCAAAUUAUAAGCAAGAGAAACAGCGGCUCAUCACGAAUUUGGAGAAUCAAAGUUUGUUGGUUGUGGAGGCUCGUAAGGAAAAUGAUCGCAUGAAACCAUACAUAGUGGACUCUCCAGAAAUUUUGCAAAAACUUAAUUCAGAUCUAGCCAGUUCAUUACAGCUGACAAAAAAUAAUGUGGAAAAUAUGGAUCGCCGAUUCCGUGCAUUGCAAAUAUCUGCAGAAACUUUCAAACAAAUCCACCAGGAUCUUCAAGCCUGUAUUAAGGUAAUCGAGGAGUGUGGGGUUGAGCUUCAACGUGAGCAAGAAGCCAGCCAUAAGCUCGGACGAUUCCAGGAGAUUUAUGACCAAUUAAGACAAGAUGAUAAGGAUUUGGAUAUUCGAAUAAGCCAAUUACAACGACAGAUCGCCAACUCGCAGGAUCGUAUCGAGCGAGCUCGGAAACAAGCUGAGAUAAAACGUGCCAGUGCCGAGAAAAAGAUGUCGGAGCUCCGUGAGAUGCACGGAACUCUGGCUGCAGAGCGCAGCCUUCAAAUGAAAGAAAUGGACGAAAAGCGAGAUUACAUCAAGAGUACAGAGCUCCAAAUCAGCACUAUGAAGGAACACAUUGAGUCGGAGAUGAGGGCCAUUGCUGCAGAGUCUGAAAAGCUUCGGGAUCAUCUACAUCUGUACUUGAAUAGUAUGGAGCAGCGAAUGAUGGUCAGGUGA